AUGCGCCUCAUUCUCCUGUUUCUAGCCUUCAUUUCAUUCGUUUUGUGCGUUCCUGAACCGCGUAAAGUGUUCGGACCGACAUCGUAUGAAGAGCCAACAUCGUUGCCGGUGGACCUGCCUCUCCUCUCCCAAGCGGCUGGUAUGGCGCAUGAACCUUACUGCCAUUUCAAUGAUGAAGGGAAAACGGUAGGUGAUGCCGAGAUUGUGUGGACAAAAUGGAUUGGCUUGGCGGUUCAGCGUGCCAAAAUUUUUCAUUCAAAAUCACUCGGUGUUACGGUUAGUUUCGAAGGUACUACAGCAAGUAUUUUGUCCAUCUUACACGAUGUAAACCUUGCUCUGCGGGAUCCACCUAAAGAAUUGAACGAUGCAUAUGAUGAGGGUAGUCAGCUUUUGUCUGGCUUUGUCGAUGCUUACAUGGACGUUAGGGAUGACACCUACGCAGAGAUUGUCAAGUGCAUGCAGAAGUACAAUGACACACGUGUGACAGUGACUGGACACUCUCUUGGUGCGGCAAUGACAGCUUUAGCUGCCAUGGACUUGGAGCACCGUCUCGAACACGGUAUCUACAAGGCUUUUGCUUUUGCUAUGCCACGCACAGGAAAUGCUAAAUUUGCUAGCUCUGUGGAUAACAGGAUUGGCGGUCGCUUCUUCUACAUUGCAAAUGGUCGCGACUGGGUCCCUCACAUGCCACCUCGCGAUUGGGGCUUCCAGCACCCAUCGGGACAGGUGUGGAUCAACCCUGUGAACUCUGACAAUUGGAAGUUCUACCCUGGACAAGAGAACCACUUUGGUGCUAAUACGGUCGAUCCUAUUUGGACGUUUGACGACCACCACGGUUACUACUUUGGCACAGGCGUUGGACACGGUCCUGGCACAUGUCCUGCUUCCGUUGGCACUCACACUUACUAA